CGCCGGUGGAGGAAGAAGCAACGCACAGUUUUCUUCUACUUCUAAACAUUAACUUCCCGCCGUCAGCAUGGACCCACAGGGCGAGAGGAGGCGGCUGCUGGACGAGGAGGACGGGGACGAGGACCCCUCCGGACCUGGACCAGGACCGGGACCGGGACCGGGACCCGUGUCCGAGCAGGACGCUUACCUGAGCAAAGUGAGGAACAGGAACCUGUACCUGGCGACGCUGGCGACCGUUCUGGGUCCCAUGAGCUUCGGCUUCGUGCUGGGCUACAGCUCGCCCGCCAUCCCCGAGCUCACAAGGAUAUCGGACCCUCGGCUGCGGCUGGACGCCGACCAGGCCUCGUGGUUCGGGUCCAUCGUGACGGUGGGCGCGGCGGCCGGUGGCCUACUGGGCGGCUGGAUGGUGGAGAAGAUCGGCAGGAAGCUCAGCCUGAUGCUCUGCUCGCUGCCCUUCGUCUUUGGCUUCACCAUCAUCAUCGCGGCGCAGAACGUGUGGAUGCUCUACGCCGGCCGGCUGCUCACGGGCCUCGCCAGCGGGGUCACGUCGCUGGUCGUCCCGCUCUACAUCUCCGAGAUGGCUCACGAGCGCGUACGCGGGAUGCUGGGCUCCUGCGUGCAGCUCAUGGUGGUGUUCGGCAUCAUGGGAGUUUACCUCGCAGGUCUGUACCUGGACUGGCGCUGGCUGGCGGUCUGCAGCGCCGUCCCCCCCACGCUGCUCAUGGUGGUCAUGUGCUUUGUGCCCGAGUCGCCGCGAUUCCUGCUGUCGAAGGGCAAGAGGCGCGAGGCCGAGGAGGCGCUGCGUCUCCUCCGGGGGCCCGACGCCCCUGUGGAGCGGGAGUGCGCCCGCAUCGAGAGCGCCUUCCACCAGCAGGACUCUGGCUUCCAGCUGUCGGACCUGAAGGACCCGGGGGUCUACAAGCCCCUGCUGAUCGGCGUAAUGCUGAUGGUGUUCCAGCAGAUGACGGGCAUCAACGCCAUCAUGUUCUACGCCGAGGACAUCUUCAGGCAGGCCCACAUCAAGGAGAGCAACCUGGCUUCAGUGAUCGUGGGCCUGAUCCAGGUCUUCUUCACCGGGGUGGCGGCGCUGAUCAUGGACCGAGCCGGAAGGAAGAUCCUCCUCAUAAUCUCAGGCGUUGCCAUGGCGAUCAGCACCACAUCGUUCGGGGUCUACUUCUACCUGGUGUCCAGAGUUCCCAGCGUCGGCGAGGAGCCCCACGCCGACCUGUCCUGGCUGGCCCUGGCCAGCAUGGCCGUCUUCAUCACAGGUUUUGCUCUCGGUUGGGGUCCCAUCCCGUGGCUGGUCAUGUCGGAGAUCUUCCCCUCCAAAGUGCGGGGGGUCGCCAGUGCCGCCUGCGUCCUCACCAACUGGAGCAUGGCGUUCCUUGUCACCAAGACCUUCCAGGACAUGAUGGGUCUUCUGACCAGCGCCGGGACCUUCUGGCUCUUCGCCUCCAUGUGCGUCCUCAACGUCCUCUUCACCAUCGUCUUCGUCCCAGAGACGAAGGGCAAGACUCUGGAGCAGAUCGAAGCCACGUUCAGAGGAACAUCCGGUCCAUGAAGAGCUACCCCCCCCCCCACACACACACACUCACACCUUAAAAUCAUAAAAAAAACUGGCAUCUCUGAGUCGACUGCGUGGGCAUUUCUACAAAAAAAAUGUUAUAAUCUUUGUUAACCUUGUGAAGCUGUUUGAAACAUUCUUGUGGAUAUAUUUUUCAUAAAUUGGCAAAUAAUAAUAAUAUAACGUUUAGUGGUGUUUCUACUAUUGUGUCCAUCACAUCGGUGAGGUGAGGAUAAAACUGACAGCUGGGUGUUGGCCAUCUUGUUUCUGUACACCAACUCCUCCAUGAACCCUUCAACUCUGUUUCCUGCAGACUUUGUGCACAUUACCUCCUUUAAAGUGGCUCCGGAGCCCCGAGGCGCCGCUUGCUUUGAAGCUCGUUAAAAUUGAAUCACGUGGUUAUUUUUGAGUUGUAUUUGUGCAAAUGUAGCGGCCACACUUCCCCCUGCUGGACUCGCUGCUGUAGUGCAUUGUGUCACAUGACCAGCUUUAGUGUACUUUGUGUAGUCACGGUCAUAUUAACACCUUCAGGUUUACAUUCUUGACAAAGUAUCAAAGAAGAACAAAAGGCUUUAACAAUUGAAAAAAUACUUAUUCUCGAGGCAAUACGGAGACUUUUCUAGUUCCUUAAACUGUAAGCGAAGAGGUUUCAUAGAAGAGUCUUUACUGUCUGUGUUUUGGGAGGUGAAGGCAUAACUGAUAAUUAAAACAAAAUGUUUUAAAACCUCGAUAAACCAAAUGAAUACGGGUGUGUUUUUUGUAAAAAAAAAGAAUUGUAAUUUGCUCUUAUUCUUGUAAAUGAAAUGUUUAUUAACUGACUUGUAAACACUUUAAUUAUGUUCCAUGUUACACUUCAUUGACAUUAUGACUUCUCUUUACACUUUGUAUGACAUAUUGUCUUUUUUUUUAUUUUUUACUACUCUUCAUUCGAAUAAAUAAUUGUCUAUU